AUGUCAAAGGAUGGACUUCAGAAAGGUGCCAUGUUCAUGGCAGGUCUGACUCUUUUGCAGUCUCUCCGUGUGGCCUUGACUGGAGCAAAGUUUGCAAUGGAUAGAUUUAAAAUUCCUCAGCAGAAUGUCAGUUCGUUCAUUAACAUGGUCCAUAAUCCUAUGGAACUGGCAACGUUUACUGGAAUGGCUAUUGUUACUUCUAUAGCAUUAGGGACGGGUGAGAAUUCCAAGAACUCCUUCAAAUGGUUUGCUGCAUUUACAAAUGUGGCACUGUGUUGUUCAUUCGUCCUACUCCUCUAUGCAUUCACUUCUGGAGGAGAACAGGGUAACCUCACCUUUUACUACUGGGUUAUAGUCUUCGUUUCAUUUAUUUAUGGACUGAAUGUGGCAGCUGUAAUGACUGUGGGAGGUUCAGAUGCCGCCUUUUUCAACAUGGGAAUUCCCCUUUCUGGUAUCCAGGUUUGCAUUUACUACUUUGUCUUUACAAAGCUUGCUGAGAGAUUUAACUGGUCAAACAUUAGUUAUUGGAUCAUAUUUUGGCAACUCAUGAUAGCAAUAUUGAUUUCACUCGCCUCAGCAGGUGUCUGGAUUGCUGUUGCCAUUCAGGGACCUUCUGGUGAUAGUGGUGGUCAAGCUCUUGAUGCUGCCGGUCUGUCUCCAAUUAUGAUGGGAAUGGUUGGAAUGGGCGGUAUUUAUGCCUUCUACCCUGCUAUUGCUCCAUACAAGCUGACUGAUGUUAGUACUGGCUACACUAUCGAUCUUGUUGUAUUAUUCGUUAGUGCAGUGCCAGGUAUUGCUAUUGCAAUAUUAUGCGCUUGUAGUAGUGUCGGUCCAGAUAAACCAUGGAAAAGUACUACUCAGUGGUGGCAUGCUACUUGGAUUCUGGCGAUUCCACACAUUACUGCCAUGGUCUUGUGCCUUGUUACACUUCAUUAUCCUGAUAGUAGAGUAGCAAAUUCUAUAAAGAGUAGUGGUUUAAAGGUAGGAAUCAUUACCGUGACUCUAAAGUUUUGUGAAGAGGGACUCAAGGCGGUAUCUUAUUCUGGAGGUGGUGCAUAUACAAGCCCAAUUCCAUCUGUUAAUGCAUUUACGUCACAGUUUUUAAUGAUUCUUUUGGCCUUUACUGGAGACGGCUACCUCAAGACCUAUUCCAAGUAUGAAAAUGAUAGAGACAACUGGCCUACCAAAGACUAUGGAACAUUUAGAUCCAUCUGCUACUGGGCAGGGAAUGGAGCAUAUGUGGCCUGUAAGAGUGUUAAGUCUUCCUUUACCAAGAAUGUUAGAUGUAAGGUUUUGGGUAAAUCAGAGGCCUUACUCAUUGUAUAUGAAGAUCAGGAAUUUUAA